AUGGACUUGUCCCAUUUAACAAGGCCAGGCAUUCUCGGCCAGUGCUCCCGGUGCUCGAGCUCGCUGGCCGCACUGGAAAAUGAAUGGGCCAAGCUGUCCAAUGCCUACUCAAUCCCUACAGCAUGGCUCAGCGUCGACCUCCACCGCAUCUCCGUGUCAUCGGAGCGCAAACAGAUUCCAAACACAUCUGACAUGACUCUGCUACGCGGGCGCGUCAUUCAGGAGGUAUCUUGCAAGCUAUGCCAGCAGAGGAUGGGGGUGCUGUGUCCCCUGGAUAACGGAAUGAACAUUUUGUGGAAAAUGUCUAAAGUCGCGUUCAGAGAAAUUGUCACCAUGCGCACCGUCCAGCCCCUAUACAAACAAGGGGCCCUCGAACGAUUGAUUUGCCCGCCGAAAGAACCUUUGCGCCGAGACUCGGAUUUACUACAAGACAGUGCGCUGGUACCAGCCGGUUGUAACGACCCGGCAUCUGUCGACCCGUCUAUGCAAAAGCAAAUGCUACACCAAGGCAGAAGCAUUGAUCAAAUAUCAAAUUCGGUGAAUCACCUUCAGGAUACAAUGUCGGAUCUCAAACACUCUUUUACGGCGCUUCGAAUUGAGCUGAAUGGACCCAGCAGGAACAUUGGGGAUGGAUCUCGGCUUGAUGGAAAUGACUUCGAUAUGAUCGCGACGGUUCUCAAAGAGCUCAAGUCCAAAUCGGAAGAGAUUGAAAAGCUGAAGUUGGAGAUCGAGGCUCUCAAAUUGAAGAAUCGAUACAUGGGGGUGGCUCCCCCGCCGCCGCAACAAGACUCACUGUCAGUCAUGAAUAUGAAUGCUGCCCUUCCAGAGGUUAGGAGCCCGGGAUUGCUCCAGGCGGGUCGCAAGCGCACCUGGCCCGACGCAUUCCCGAUCGAUCGCCAACAAGCUAUCGCGGACUCUUUUGAUGAGGAUGACAUGGUGGAUGAUUUCGCGCUUUCUGACCCCGCAUUGAUCACUGCUCGCGUUCCGCUUAGCGAUCGGAGGUCACCACCCAUCACCCAUGACGAUACCGCAGAAACUGAGGCGGGGCCCGCGGAGUCCCAGGUCGAGAUUUCUGGAAAGCUUCCUCAGUUCAUAGCCACACUUCCGACUCAGUCCCAAUCCCCUCCACAGCCCACAUCGAAACGUCCGCGACUAAAUCAGCAAUCCGAAAAUGGAGCACAGCCAGCGGCUGCCGGGCCAGCCCCCGCCCAGAAACGAGGACGACCUCGAAAAUCGAUCAGUCAACCGAAUAACCCUGGCACUGCCGAGUCACCAGCCACGGCACCAACCAGCACACAAGAUGAUACUGAACCAAAGUCUUCAUCAGGUACACUGCGGCGUCGACAGUCCCGUCGCAGCCUUCACGAACAAUCCACAGGUCCGAUUCCCAACAACGAAAAUGGGGACAACAGAACUCAGCUACCACAGGGCCCGAGUCAUGCCUCUGACGCUCAGUCGGCACCGAACAAAAAGAGUAAACGCAACACUGGCUCGCCGAAUGGAACCCGCAAUGGCGCUCCGGAUAACAGUGCAGAUGAGGCUGCUAUGAAUGAGAAGCGGAAAGCAAAGGUCGCGGCGCGGGACGUCAUGGCUAAAAUGGCUUUACAACACGAGGAGGCAUUGGAGGCCGGAAACACUCGAUAG